UAUAUAUUACUUACCUCUUGGUGCUCCUGGAGCUUCCAUUUCCUUCAUAAAUAAACAACCAAAAACCGAAAGAACUCGUCAAACCCAUCUCACCUUCACGCUCGAAGAUGCUUUUGAGUUGUUUUUCUUUUCCCCCUUCCAAAAUGCCUUCUUCUCACAUUCUUUUCUCCCUCCUCUCUUUCCUCUCCAUCAUAAUCACUACCUUCUCUUCAUCCACACCCAACACCAUCACUCUCCAUCUCUCUCCCUUAUUCACCAACCACCCCUCUUCAAGUUCACACCCAUUCCACACCCUCAAACUCGCCGUCUCAACAUCCAUCACAAGAGCCCACCACCUUAAAAACCACAAACCAAACAAGUCACUCGAAACCCCAGUUCACCCCAAAACCUACGGAGGCUACUCAAUAGACCUCGAAUUCGGAACCCCGUCACAAACCUUCCCCUUUGUUCUCGACACCGGUAGCACCCUCGUCUGGCUCCCGUGCUCCUCUCACUACCUCUGCUCCAAAUGCAACUCCUUCUCAAACACGCCAAAGUUCAUCCCUAAAAACUCGUCUUCUUCAAAGUUCGUUGGCUGCACCAACCCUAAAUGCGCCUGGGUCUUCGGCCCAGACGUUAAAUCCCAUUGCUGCAGGCAAGACAAAGCUGCUUUUAAUAAUUGUUCCCAAACAUGCCCUGCCUACACCGUCCAGUACGGCCUCGGCUCCACCGCGGGUUUUCUCUUAUCCGAAAAUCUCAACUUUCCCACCAAAAAAUACUCCGAUUUUCUCCUCGGCUGCUCCGUCGUCUCCGUCUACCAGCCGGCCGGAAUCGCGGGGUUCGGUCGGGGAGAAGAGUCGCUGCCGUCGCAGAUGAACCUCACGAGAUUCUCUUACUGCUUACUCUCUCACCAGUUCGACGAUUCCGCAACAAUAACCAGCAACCUCGUCUUGGAAACCGCUUCCUCACGCGACGGAAAAACCAACGGCGUCAGCUACACGCCGUUUCUGAAAAACCCUACCACGAAGAAAAACCCCGCGUUCGGCGCGUACUAUUACAUCACUCUUAAAAGGAUCGUAGUAGGAGAAAAGCGCGUGAGGGUUCCGAGGAGGCUGUUGGAGCCCAACGUCGACGGCGAUGGUGGGUUCAUCGUUGACUCCGGGUCAACGUUCACGUUCAUGGAGAGACCGAUUUUCGAUCUGGUGGCGCAGGAGUUUGCAAAGCAGGUGAGUUACACGCGCGCGAGGGAGGCUGAGAAGCAAUUUGGGUUGAGUCCGUGUUUUGUGUUGGCGGGUGGUGCUGAAACGGCGUCGUUUCCCGAGCUGAGGUUUGAGUUCAGGGGUGGCGCGAAGAUGAGGCUGCCGGUGGCGAAUUAUUUCUCGCUGGUGGGGAAAGGUGACGUGGCGUGCUUGACGAUUGUGUCUGAUGACGUGGCGGGUUCUGGUGGGACGGUGGGACCCGCUGUGAUAUUGGGGAAUUAUCAGCAGCAGAAUUUUUAUGUGGAGUAUGACUUGGAGAACGAGAGGUUUGGGUUUCGGAGUCAGAGUUGCCAAACGAACGUUUAAGUUAGGAGUUUGAAAAAAUAACAUGCAUUGUAUGGCUCAGAUAAUAAAUAUGUGUUUGAAAAUGAUUUAACGAGAUAAAAUACGAACGGUCUAAUCUUCAUCAGAUGAUUAUAGUUUGCUGACUACAUGAAAAUGUGAUAUUGCGAACUGCAGGCAAUCCCGAUUUGGAUUCAAGGUGGUCAUUAAUAAGAAGUUCAUUGUUUGGUUUAUUUAAUUGAAGUUGUAGAGAUGCAGCAGGGUGCUGCUUUUCUUUU